AUGAUGCCAGAGGACAAAAACUGUAAGGUGCUGCAGCCAUCCAGGAGCUCUGACAAUAAGAAGAAGAAAACCCAGAAGAAAAGAAAGAAAGCCACUGUUUCCACCACUCCUCCAGAAAAUACAGAGAAACCUCAGGCUGUGUCUUUGCCCCCUGAGGCCUCGCUGAUGUCCGUGCUGCCCCUACAGAGUCCAGGUCAGCUUCAAACACAGCUGCCCAAGCUCAGAGCGACCAGUAGGAAGGACGGAGAACGGCUCGCUGGCAGUGGCCAGAGGAGCAAAAAACAUCCAAAGGGUUCACCGGACCUGCUGACAGUGACAAACAAAGCCAGUGGGGAGCUCAGCACCCAGGCCAGGGAGAGCCUGAGGUGGGAAGGAGUGCUGGAGGACCCCCAGGCUGAGGAGAAGAGGCUGGAGCUGUACAGGGCCAACAGGCGGCAGCGUUACAUCGCACACAGAGACGCUCUGUUAAAAGAAAGUCAGGUUGCCUUGAGACAGACUUUUUCUUGAGAGAGCAAAGA